UGGUUAAGUUUCGUUUCUUUCACAACAGAAAGCACAGUUGCAGCGAGACCUGAGAGAGCUGUGUGUGUAGGCAGUUUGCUCGCUGCUGUUAAGCCACAAGAAUCAUCAUUCAGCUUCAUCUUCUUUCUCCAGGAAGAAAUCAAUAUCCCCUGAAGAGGGAAGGACUGCAAAGCGUUCACUAAAACAGAACUAAAAACACACAGCUCUCUAGAUGUUCUGAAAACAACAAUAAACAUGAGCCAAGAGGAGAAGGAAACACUAAAACGGUUCAGUAAUUACAUUACAGGGAUUCUGAUACCCAACUAUGUGAUUGACUAUAUGGCCACUUGGCUGUCAGCAGAUACCAUAGAACAGAUCAAAGAGUUAAAAGGGCCAACUCAAGCUGCCACCGUCUUCUUAGAUAAAUUGCUGCAGCUAGAAGAGAGAGGCUGGUACAGAGGAUUUUUAGAUGUGCUAAACACCACAGGAUACACUGGCCUCGGUGAAGCACUGACUAAGUCAGACUUUGGUCAAAUUGAAGCUCUAGAAGAGCCAAAGAGACUUUUACAAACAAUAAGGAAUACAGUUAAAAGCAACAUCAAUCCAAGUGAGUUUGUUCCUCUCUUCGAUAACUGUCUCCUGACCCGGGAAAUUGAAGAAAUUAAGCAGGAGAUCACAAACAAAGGGGACACUGCUGGUACUGAGAAGCUUAUAGAUUCCCUUCUCCGAUCAGACAAACAACAAUGGCCUAAGGUAUUCACUCUGGCUUUGGAAGAUCUAGGACAUUCAACAAUUCUCGAAUUAUGGGCAAAUAAAGAGUGUAGCAGUGCACAUAAAAUCUGUGCAGAAAAUGUGGAGGAAGACACUAGCGUAUUCAGUAUUAUCCAGUAUUCACAAGUGCCAGAGGAAGAAAAUCUAUUUCACUCCGCACCUGCUGUACAGAGCAAUCAAGUAGCAAAUGACGUCCCUAAAAUUAAUACUCCACCAGGUAGUGUUUCACAAUCAGAUUCCACUAUGAAGUUAAGAAAUUAUCAGGAGGAGUUAGCCAAACCUGCAUACGCUGGAAAGAACACCAUGAUUUGUGCCCCAACAGGAUCAGGGAAGACGCUUGUGUCAAUUGCAAUUUGCAAACAUCAUUUAGAAAACAUGCCAAACGGAAAAAAAGGAAAAGUUGUAUUCAUGACUACUAAAGUGCCCGUUUAUGAGCAACAGUUGGAUGUUUUCUGCAGAUAUUUUGCACACAGUAGGUACAAAGUAGAGGGAUUUUCUGGAGAAACAGCUGAGAACCUUCCUGUGGGGUUGGUCGUUGAAAACAGUGAUAUCAUUAUUUUAACCCCUCAGAUUCUUGUUAACUGCCUAGAGAGUGGGACGGUGCCAUCCCUUUCUGUCUUUAGCAUGAUGAUUUUUGAUGAAUGUCACAACACAAUAGGGAAUCACCCAUACAAUGUAUUAAUGUUCAGUUACUUGGAUCUGAAGCUGAAUAUGCCUGGAGAAGCUCUACCACAGAUCAUUGGAUUGACAGCAUCAGUGGGAACAGGGAAGGCAAAGACUUUAGAAGAAGCAAAGAUGUAUGUCACUAGAUUGUGUGCCAGCCUCAAUAUUGGAGUUAUAUCCACAGUCAAUGAGCAUAAGGAAGAGCUAGAUAAAUUUGUAAACCAACCAAAGAAAUUUGUUAAAAUAGCAGAACCGCGUGAAAAUGACGCAUUUACAGCUAUCAUGUCCGAAAUCAUGAAGGAGACUGAGAAGAUGGCAAAGGACCUUUUCCCUGAACUUUGUUCCAUGUCCAAUAUACAGAAUUGGAGCUAUGGAACUCAGAAAUAUGAGCAGUGGAUAAUCGACACUCAGAAGAAAUGUCGUGUAUUGCAAAUGGAUGAUAAGAAUGAAGAAAUGCGUAUCUGCUCGGCACUCUUUACUUACACUGAGCAUUUGCGAAAAUACAAUGAUUCUAUUAUGAUCAAUGAAGAUGCCCGUACAAAGGAUGCCCUGGACUAUUUGGAAAACUUUUUCAACAACAUGAAGAAUGGAAGUUUCAAUGAUAUUGAACAGAAGCUGUAUAAUAAGUUUCAAGAAAAACUCCCAGAGUUGUUGGAAGUUUCCAAUAAUAAUAUUAACAAAAAACUGGAAGAGCUACAGUUUAUCUUGGAAGAAUCCUAUCAUGAGAACCCAGAGACGAGGUCUUUGCUGUUUGUCAAAACGCGGGCAUUGGUCUCGGCAUUAAAGACAUGGAUAGAAGAGAACCCAGUACUCCAAUUCUUAAAGCCAGAGAUAUUGAUAGGACGAAGCAAGAGGAAUGAAAGCAUAGGAAUGACCCUGACAAGCCAAAAAGGUGCACUGGAGGCUUUUAAAAAUUCAGGAGACAGCAAACUUUUGAUUGCUACCUCAGUUGCUGAUGAAGGCAUUGAUAUCCAGGCGUGUAACCUUGUGCUUCUUUAUGAAUACGUCGGCAAUGUGACAAAGAUGAUCCAAGUCAGAGGGCGAGGAAGAGCAAAGGACAGCAAUUGCUUUCUUGUGACAUCCAAACGAGAAGAAGCAAUUAAGGAAAAGAAUAAUUUGCUGCGUGAGACAUUGAUGAAUGAUGCUGUCACCCAGAUGCAGAAAGAGGAACCUGGGACCUUUCUUAGUAAGAUUCUUAAGAUCCAAAAGGAAGAAAAACAAAUGCGUGAUAUGAAAAAGUUAUUUGAGAAACCAAAGGAAACCGAAGGCAACAGGAAACUGCUUUGUGGAAAAUGUAAAACGUUUGCCUGCAACACAGAUGACAUAAGAGUAAUAAAGGUUUCCCAUCACACGGUCAUUGACAAAACCUUUAAAGACCGUUAUAUUACUAAGAAUCAUCCAAAGCCGAGAACCUUCCAAGGCUACAAGAAGAUAUAUAAAAUAUUCUGCAAGAAACCAGGAUGCAAUGCUGACUGGGGGGUGUCUGGAACAUAUCAGUGCUUCCAGGACAUUCCUCUGAUAAAGAUUGAAGAAUUCGUUAUAGAAAAUCCUGAUGGAACUCAGGAUUACAAAAACAGAUGGGUUGAUGUACAUUUUACAAUGACGGAACUCAGCACAGAGGACCUUCCUUUAUCAUUUUCAACUUGCAAUUAGAAUUCGAUCACCAUGGUAGGAUUAAAAUCCUGUUCCUAUGUUAAAGGGUUAAUUAUAAUGUCUUUCAAAGGAGUGAUAUGUUAGAGAAUGACUAAAGAUUGCCCACAGUAUAGUCGUGCUAGAUCAGGUGUUGCCCUAAGAGCUUCAUGUGGAGCCUAAAACUGAUUACUGUUGGCUGGUAACACUACAAGGACAUGCAAACCAACCACAAAAAAUGUAAUCAGUGAAAUCUGUAGGGCUGCAACAUCAACUUAAUUACAUAGGAUUCCUUAUCUAACCUACGCAGCCCCAUCCUUCAGGAAUUCAUUUUGGCUGUUGGCUACUGAGCAUGCUCAGUUCUUCUCAAUUCAAAUUUCUAAAAUGGUAGGAAGAUGUAUGUCCUUUAAGUGUUGAGAGCCAGACUGACAAGUGUUUGCCAAAAGAGUUGUAUUAAUCAUGGGUUCUAUUGACUUGUGAAGUGCACUCCUCUACCGCAGAUAUGGGCCUUAAACUACAAUGUAUAACUUUAAUGGUCAUUUUCAGACUCCCUAGAGGCAUUCUGACUAUAACAUACUCUUUGUGACAAAGUAUUAUCACUUUAACAGGCUAGGUACUUACCCAUCAGAAGUGGAAAUUUGAUAAUGGGAUUUAUACACUUACCAUUAUAUACGUUUCUCUUUAGUCGACGGGGACACAGGAGACCAGUGGGGUGAAGCUCCAUCCUCCAGGAGGCAGGACACUUAAAGAAAAAAACAGGGGGAGUGCCUAGAUACUCUGGUUUUACCACUAGUGCUUCUUCUUUCAGCUCAGUUGAUACCAAAUAUCAGUACACAAGGAGAAUAGAAAAAACAAGAGAAAUAUUUGAGCUGCAAUAACAGUCGCUGGGUGGGAAGUCCUGUGUCCCCCGUCAACUACAGAGGAUUUAGCAGUAAGUGUAUGAAUCCCAUUUUCUUGGACGUCUCCGGGGGACACAGGAGACAAGUGGGGACUUAAAGCAGACCAGACAACAGCAGGGAUUGCAACUAAUAUGAUAUACAGUAUAAGAUAGUAUUCGGCCGAUGAGUGCACAGCAGCAUGCAACACAUUACAGCUGAAGGAAGCCUCUGCUGAGGCAAAAGGUAUUGAAUCUGUAAACUUUGAUGAAGGUAUGGACGGAGGACCAGGUUGACGCUAUGCAGAUCUGUUCCACUAAGGCUGCGUUGUGCCAGGCCCAUGAGGUUCUGACUGCUCUGGUGGAGUGUUCUCAGACUCUAAGUAGAGGAGCCUUUCUUUUUGCCACGUAGGGCCUGUGGAUGGCAUCACGGAUCCAUCUGGCUAUGGUGGCUUUUGAAGCGGGGCAACCUGCCUGAUGGCCAGACAGAAUGAUAAACAGGGAAUCUGAUGUACUUAAGGAUUUGGUGCGUUUCAGGUAAACCCAAAGGGCUCAGGUGACAUCCAGCCCAUGGAGGUGUUUCCUGAUUAAGAUGGAAGGACGCCGCAACCUUGGGUAGGAAGUUGGGCUUGUUACCAAGUACUAAGAAGAGCCGGGUCACAGGAGAGAGCCUAUAGCUCUGACAUCCUUCAUGCUGACAAGAUGGUCCAAACCUCCCGUAGACAGGACACUUAAAAAACUGCGCUCAAAGAGUAAGUACUAGUGGUAAAGCCAAAGUAUCUAGGUACUCCCUGUUUUUUUUAAGUGUCCCUCCUCCUGGAGGAUGAACUUUUACCCCACUGGUCUCCCGUGUCCCUCUGAGCCGACAGAGAAAUAAACAUUACUGUUUUGUAUAUCUAGAUAUUCUAUUAUUUCUCCUUAUCCUCAUAAACGGCUUCGGACUGGGCUGUCCAGGGUUGCAAUUUCAAGGGCCCCUCCAGGCUUCAACUUACCUUUUACUUCUUGCUUAAAUUGAGGCUGUGAGGGGCGGCAGAGUAUCAACAGUGGGUCAGUAGGGCUCAUAAAGGCCAGGGCCCACAGGGUUUUACGUUUGUUUUAUCUGCAAUUCUUGAGGCAGCCUUGACGUUCCACUAACGCUUCAUUUGUCAGAUGGAAAUGUAAUUUUAUUUUUGCUAUUGCAUGUAAUCUACCUUAUGCACUCAUGUGGUUGACCUCCAUUUUUCUCUUCCUUGACUCCUUAUUCACCUUAUCCUCUCUCUUUAUCCUCUUUAGUUAAUGAGUCUGCUUUGUUGUAAGCAUAAUUAUGCAAAUUAUAUGAUAUUAAAAAUGUAAUAGUAUACCGUUGAUAAACACUACUGAUUGCAAUAAAUUAUUUUAAUCAGAUAUUGUUUUGGUUAUGGUUCCAACAAUAAACCCUUAAAACCUGA